AGGCAGCCUCCCUGCCGCGUCCUGCCCGUCCCCUCGGCCCCUGACCUCCUACCUCUCCUGGCACCCAGGGGCUGACCCCCGGGGGCAGGAACACCUCCAGGAGGGUGGCUCCGGGCCCAACACAAUUUCAGAACAGGCACGAUAGGAAAAGGCCCCACGCACAUUCUCCUCGGGGCAGAGCCAUCCCCUUCCCGAGAACUGGGGAGCCCUCAGGACACCCCGGGGACCAAGGCUGCCCGGGCAGGGAGGCUCAAGGGUUCCCGGCAGGAAGGCGGGAAGCUGGCUCCUCGGGGCCGGAGGCAGCCCUGGCCAGCUCUGGCCACUUCCUCCCUGGGUACCAACCACAUGGGGCUGUUUUUCGUCUCGUGCUGAUCAGCGCUCCCUCCGCCUCGGCCUCCACCAGGCUGGAGCCAGGAGAAUCACGAGGACACGUGCACGUGCCCCAGUGCACUCGGGGCCCACGUGCGUGUCCCUCCCACGCACACCAGCCCCGGGGUUUACAGCAGGGCUCAGGUUCCCAGUUCUGGGGCGCGGGCUCCAGGAGGGUGGCCGGCCUGGUGACUCCAGCUGACGCGGAGCACGGGGGGAGGGCUGGCCCCCAGACGUGGCGGCUGGGAACACUCCGGCCUCCCGGGGCCCCCAGGGGGCUGGGGCUCUGGGAGCUCAAUGGAGGGGCGGAGGCAGGGCCGCAGGAAGGAGGAGGGCGGAGGCGGGAAUGGGAAGCAGGGGUCAGCCAGCGGCUCAGGACACGCGAUGGAGAGAAACUUUCCCAGCAGUUUCCCAUGGAAAAGGCAGCGUCUCCUCCCGGGGCUCGAGCUGGCCCCGCGGAGCCACCGGACCUCCUGCGCGCAGGCAUCCCCACGCUGCUCGGCAGAGGCGGUCCCCCGGGGGGCAGCCUGGAGCGGCCAGGCCUCCCGACCUUCCUGCCGCUGACCACGCUGCCCCAGCUGGCUCCCGCUCCCUUCCUGGUGACAGCACCUCCUCAAGAGAGAGAGAGCAGAGCCCCCGAGAAGUGCUGGCUCCAGCCAGGCAGCUACUCCAGCUGUGCACAGCUGGCCGGGGCCUCCCCAGACCUCAGGGUGGACGGGAGGCAGCCCCCCGGCCACGCUGCCCUCUUCGGGGCCGUAGGACCCUCUCUCUCCUCCCCCGUUCCUGGCAGCACCUUGAGCAGAAGGCUGAGUUCCGAAGACCCUCCACCUCUGGGUGCCAAGGAAGCUGGAGGAAUCCCUGACUCGUCUUCCCGGAAAGACGCCGCCUCCGCCUCGGCCACAGUCCCCCUGGAGCCGCCGGGAGGUGGCUCUGGCUGCCUGGAUGCGGACCCCAGCUCGGGGGCGCAGCGGGUGGCCUGUGGGGAUGGGGGACCCUUCCUCCUUGAAGAGCCGGGCACACCCUUCUUAGCUUUUCUACUCACUGUUGGAGACGCAGGCGAGCGGCUGGCAGGAAGCAGGGACAGGUCUGUGAGUCACUCGAGGAGCAGAGCAGCCCUGUUUCUCUCUGCCUGGCCACACGCAGGUCUCCAUGUCACUUAUCUAGAGUACCACGCACACACGUCUACCGUAUAUCGGAUAUAUUCUAUAUACAAUCUAUAUAAAUCUCUCUCUAUAUACACUGCAUAUCUAUAACGUGUAUCAGUGGGGCCCAGGGGCACGUGUAAGGCCUUGUUCUGCCCCACCGAGGGGUCCUGGCAGCUUCUGGGCAGAGACCAGAGGGUUCUGGCAGAGAUGGGGAGGGGGGGGUCCCACAUCAGCAGAGAGGACCCGGGCAGGGUGGGAGGGACCCAGCUUGCGGGCUGAGCACAGCCCGGGGUUCUCUCUGACCAGCUCCCCUCCUUCCUGCUUUUCCACUCGAGGCAAAAAGGAUUUGGCUUUCCCUACCUCUGCCCCCCACUAAAGGGCGUGGCUCCCUGACUUGCCCCCAAACAAGGGCAAGGGCAGACAGAGGGGGCCAGAAGUUCUGGUUGCAGGACGGCCGCCCGGGGGAGGGGCCAAGGUCAAGAAGCCUCAGAGGCCGCCAGCUCCACCGCCUGUGUGGCUAAGACCACCCGCCGGCAGGAGGGGGUCCAGGCUGCGGUCAGAGGGGCCUUGCCUCCCCGGCCCCUCCCGGCUGCCGGCCGGCGGUCGGUGCCGUCCGUCCAUCUGGCUGGCGUUGCUGGGGAGCCCUCCACGUGUGCCCCCCUGAUCACGUGUAUCUCCCUCCAGGAUAUUCUGCUGCUGUGGCUGCUGUGCCUGUGUCUCCCCUGUCCCCUCUUCGUGCAGCCAUCUGUGUAACGGCCUGUCCUCCUUUUGUAGUUUCUGAUGUUUGUAACCAGACCCAGCCGUGUCAUUAAACAGACUCGUUCUUCCUG